AUGUCAAGAAAGGGAGGCGGGUCAAGGCAUAGAGGCAACUUUGGAAGCUAUACAUUUGAAAAUGUAGAGGAGUUCAAAUACCUAGGCUCAAUAAUCACCUCAGACAAUAACGAAGCCAGAGAGGUCCAGGCAAGAGUCAAGGCGGCAAACAGGGCGUACUUCUCCUUAAUUCCAAUAAUGAAAUUGAGAGACGUACGCAGAGAUACAAAAAUCCUGCUCUACAAGACGCUAAUACGUAGUGUGGCUACGUAUGGUUGCGAAACCUGGGCGGUCACGCAGAGGAGUGCAAGCGUUUUGGAUGCCUUCGAAAGGAAAGUCCUGAGAAGAAUCUACGGCCCGACACAGGAGGAUGGCAUGUGGAGAAUCAGAUAUAACCACGAGCUGUACUGGUUAUAUGGGGCACCCAAACUAUCCACAUAUAUAGGCCUCAUGAGGCUCAGAUGGGCCGGGCAUGUGCAACGACUGGAUGCGGGGAGGAUGCCGAGGAGAGUGCUGGAGACGAGAUUUUUGGGAGGACGCCCGAGGGGAAGGCCGAGGAACAGAUGGGAGGACGGUGUGACCGCGGAUGCGAAGGCACUGCUGCAAGUGAACAACUGGAAGAGAGGCCGCGGAUCGGGACGUCUGGAGGUCCAAAAUUCGGGAGGCCAUGGCCCGCCCUGGGCUGUAGUACCAUCGAAGAAGAAAGGAGACUGUUCACAAUGGAAUAUUUUUCAAUGGGGAUACUAA